AGCUUCUCUUCGCCUCCACGCGUUACGGUGAAGACGGCAGCACAUUCUCUGCUUAGUGUUUAGCAAUUCGCGUCGCACGUCCGCUCUCCUUCUGGUCUAGAGAGGCAGUAGGUCAUCGGCGAAGAGCCCACUCGUGCGAUUUGAUACCCAGCAAAUGUACCACCAUCACCACCUAAGCAACGACGCCUUUGCAAAAGAAGGCGAGUCCGGCCCUUCGGCGCGUGUUGUAUAUGACGCUCGCUUAGGAAGCUGUCUCGUGUGGCGCCCAGUAGAGGGUCCACCGCUGCCACGCCCCCUGACUGCACGUCUCGCGGCGCCGCCUCACCCUCUUCCGCGGCAGGUGAAAACGUACGUCGCAGCUCCAGACAGGGAGGGCGGCCCUCCCCCUCCUCCGCCGUCGGUGGCGCCUCGCGAAGGUCAUUCGCAUCAAGAAACUGAACUGCUUGCACCGGCAGGCUCGGCACCCGUGAAGGGCGCAGAGGGUCGGGCAGCGACCCCACCGCGAGGCCAGCUGCUGCCCCGCGGAAGAGGCGGCAUUGACGACGUGCUAAAAAGCGCGCGGACGGCGCAGAGCCUCUUUUACAGUCUGCAGGAGCGUCGGCUGAUGGCGGAGUACCGCCGCAGUCAACGAGAGCUGAAGGCAGAGCUGGACCAGCAACGGCAUUCCAAACGGAUGCUCCAGCUUGCCGCCUAUCAAGAGGAGUUGGUCAACUUGUACGGUCCAACCGUACGCGACAUCAUCGCAGAUACGUUCUUCGAUGAUGGGCACGACCCGGUGUUGGCGGUGCUGAAAGCAAAGAGAGAGGCUCCGUUAUCCUAUCCGUGCGGUGCCAACACGUUGCUUUCUAAGGGCUCCGGGGCGCCGAAUACUUCGCGCCAGCUGUGGGAGCGCACAGACGGUGCAGCGAUGCCGUCGCCGACUUCUGCGCAAUCCCAUCGCGAGCGUGUAAGUCGAGAGCGGGAGAUGCUUCUGCGCGCACUUGACGAGAGACGAUCAGGCCGCCGCAGUGGAUAUUGA